CGUUUCUCUUCUUCCUCCUCUCAUCCAAAUAAAGACUUUGCGCCGUCUCGUCCAGCCUGCUUACAUUCACAAACAACUCUGACUACCGAAUUCCCCAGCUUGCUCGUCUUGCUCUUCUCCUCAAAUUUGGUUGAUGUUCUCCGGUCUGUCGCCGCACAACAUAUUAACACCCAAUUCUCCCACGCAGAGCGACAACGGCGUGGGAAAAAACAGUCACUACAGCGCGCGCGCACUCACGACGCAAGUACCAAACGGCUCCACAGGCUUUUCCACACGGAUAGAAACGUCCAAGUCCAGCAAGGGCCCGCACCGCAACGGAGCCGCUCUUUUUCAGCACGUCCCUACCGCGAAACAUCAACGCCCAGGAAAACCAAACAUCCACUCUUUGCCAAAACCCAGUCGCAGUGCAUUGAGAACCGACAAAAAGCAUUGGGCAAAGGUACAUGCACAUCACAGAUAUUGUUACCCUGGCCUAUCCGAGCAUCAUCCCAAAGCAACAAAGACCCCGAAUACGUCCCAAAAGAGACGUGAGUUGCGUCUAAUCUGCCAUCGUCUUGUCCCUGGCAGGGCAGGUCUCAGAUCGACGGUCCCAAGUCUCAGCCCGUCCUCCUCGUUUCUCUGUCUCAACUCUCGGCGCAUUAGAAGAAGUGGCCCUAACAAAGACAACAAAGCCCGUCUCACUCUUCUCGACACACGGCAUUGCACUAACAAGUCUUUAGUCGCGUUGCCCGCUCGUUGUCUACAAUUUGUGCUCUCACCGACAAGGGACCCCGUCUGCCGGUUUCUGAGUUCCCCCUAAACGCCAGAAGAGGAAGCCUUUCCACAGGCCUCCUCCACCACCACCCUGCCUCCUGUCCUGUGCUGUCCUUGUCCCGCCCCAUUCACCACACUGGCAAGACUGGAUACCUAGGCAUCGGAUGGGGCUUAUUCUGUACUUGUCUCUCUAUCCUGCUGUCUCUCGCAUCGCGCAUCGCACCGCAGCACAACAUCGACGCAUCGCUACCUUAAAGGCUCUCUCUCUGUUCUUACAAACAGUUCCAUCCAUACAACACAGUACAAUACAGGCUGGGAGUCUCCUGUCUAUCCGGAGGAGAGUGGCAGUGGCUGCGCCUUAAUUUGUGCAUACUGCCGCCGCCUACACCACCGCUACAGGUACAUACUUAACAUCGACCCCACUGUGCGCCUUGGCCAUCAUCGCCAUACGGUUGACUUGAACGGAGCGGUCGCCAGACCCGCAAUAGCUGCCCAGCUGCCACAAGUUUCCUUACACCCAAUCGCACUUCUUUUCGCGCCCAACUGCACGAUCUCGCCAAAACAGCAGGGGGCUUCCCAGUUACAUCCAAGAGCCCACGAGCGAAUAUCCACCCACCGACUGCCGCCCACCCCUCAAUUUUCGCAACUCGCCCGUCCUUCAACUCAGCCCUUCACACAGAGACUUUGCUUUCAAGAAGCCGCCUGGUCGUUGUCGUCCCUACCACCACAUCCACAUCGUCUGAUCACUUUUGCACCCGACUCGCCCUUCUUUCUCGCCGUCCGCCAUCCGUUCGUUCGUGCUUGGAUCGUCCCUUGAUUUACUCGAUUCCGCGCAAGGGCGAACGCUGCACCCGUAUCCCGCCUGCCUCGACCACGCUCGACUACCAACGACGAAUUUACACCAUCGGUUCCCGCUGUCGAAAGCCUCACUUUCGGCUCCUCUGUCUCUCACCCCAACGUUCCCACCCGAUUUACCCCUUUACUCCGACUUUCUUUCGAGAUUGUCGUGAGUAAAGGGUCUUUCUUGCCGCCGCCACACGCACAUCCACGCGCAUCCUCAUGUCGUCCGCACGAUCCUAUCGACGCCCUGGCCAUACCUCGUCCGGGGCAACAACAUCCCGAUCCGCUUCUGCCAGUGAAGACGAGUCGCACUACUACAACGAAACUGAAGGCAUCAGCUCCGACUCAGCUGAAAACGAGGAUUACACUACAUCGGAGGAGGGGGAUAUUGGCCCAGACGAUUCGGCCUCCGUCAGUCCUGCUCCUAGAUACGCAGGCCGUCCGGCGCCACCCCAGCGUGCCGUCCGUCAACACCAACUCCCUCACCGUCCCGCCCUCGCUCAAACCCAGUUCCCGUAUCGGCCCGGUCCAGUGCCGAACCAUCUUGACAGCGUGGAUCCCUCAGAAGAGUACGGGCCGUCCCCAUUCGCCCCUCGUGGCGGAUAUGCCCACAGACCUCCCGGUCACGGGGGGCAACCGGCACACGGGGGACAUUCCGGCCAUAGCCCCUACUACGGCGGCCGUGGCGGUCAUCCGCAAGCCGGCUAUCCUCAUAGUCACGUUAGCGGCUUCACCCCUAGCCCCUAUGGACAUCCCGCCAACCAGAUGGUUCCUUUCGGAUACAACAACGCAUUCUCGCCAAUGUCGCACGCAAAUGGGCAGAGCUAUUUCCACGACCCUCGCCAAGCCCAGUAUGACAUGAUGCCGUAUCAGCAACAGCAACCGCCGGCCCUCUACAACCAGCAAAGCUACGGACAGAUGCAUCAGUGGGGCAUGUUUCCCCCACCCCCACCUACAGAAGCCCCUGGCCCUUCCAAGACUCCUGCGAAUGAGCCACCCCCACCGCCAAAGGAGGAUCCCGAGAAGAUCAAGCUCCAGCAACAGAUCGAACUCUUCAAGAAGGAACAAGCUCUGAAGGAAGAGGAGCAAAAGCGCAAAGAGCUGGAAGAGAAACUUCGGAAGGAGGCAGAGGAGGCCAUCACCCGCAGGAUGGAGGAUCUGAAGCGAGCACAAGAGCUGGCGCAGAAGGAGAUUGAGAAGGCCAAGCAAGAGGCUGAAAAGGCGGCCAGGGAAAGGAUGGAGGCCGAACGCAAAGAGGAGGAGCAAAGACAGAAGCUCCACCAGGAAGCGAUGGCCCGCGUCGAACGCGAGGCUCGAGAGAGGCUAGAGCGCGAACAUAAGGCCGAGGCCGAACGGAAAAAGGUUGAAGAGGAGGCCCGCCUCAAGGCCGAAGCCGACGCAAGGCAAAGGCUAAAGGAGGCUCUUCAAGCCGAGGCCGAUCUCAGGGCCAAGGAAGCGAGAGAGGCCGAGGCCAAGCGGAAGUGGGAGGAGGAGAUGAAGAAGAAGGCCGAAGAAGACGCCCGCGCCAAGAUGGAAGCCGAGAAAAAGGCUGCUGCCGAAGCUGCCGCUGCCCAGGCAAAGCUCGAGGCAGACCUCAAGGCCAAAGCCGAAGCCGACUACAUCGCCAAGGUCGAGGCCGCGAAGAAGGCCGCCGAGGAAGCUGCGGCAGCGGAGAAGAAGGCCGCCGAGGAGGCCAAGCUGAGGGCCGAGGCUGCAUUUGCGGCGGCACAGAAGGCGGCGGCGGAUGCCGCAGCCGCGAAGAAGAAGGAGGAGGAGGAAAUGAAGGCACGGGCAGAGUUUGAAGCUCGCGCCAAAUUGGAGACCGAGAGAAAGACUGCAGAAGCCGCUGCCGCCGCCGAAGCCGCCGCCAAGAAAGAGGCCGAGGAGCUUAAGGCUAAGAUCACUGAGGAGGCCAAAGCCAAGUACGAAGCCGACAAGAACAAGGGCAAAGACAAGGCUCCAAUCAAGUUCAAGGACGCCGUGGGUAGGAAGUUUAGCUUUCCCUUCCAUCUGUGCUCGACCUGGACAGGCAUGGAAGAGCUUAUCAAGCAAGCCUUCGUCCACGUGGACGUGAUCGGACCCCACGUCCAAGAGGGACACUACGACCUAAUUGGGCCCAAUGGGGAGAUCAUUCUGCCCCAAGUCUGGGACAAGGUGGUUGAGCCGGACUGGACAAUCGAGAUGCGCAUGUGGCCCAUGGACAAGCCCCCUCCACCUAGCAUGCGCCCCGGCAUGCCGAUGGACCCCAGAACUGCGGAAAGAAUGGCGGCGCAUUUCCAGGGCAUGCGCGGUGGCCACUCACGAAUGGGCAGCUUUCCUCCAGGAAUGGCGCCUCCGGGCGGUGGUCGCCCUGGCGGCGGGGGCGCCAUGCACCCGCCUCCUCCUCCGAACUGGCCUGGCCCACGUCCUGGACCUCCGGGUGGUCUCAGUCACGGCCAUGGUGCACCCGACAUCGUUACUGUUGAACCGAUCCAGAAACAGCACAAACACAAGUCUAAAUCCCAGGGCACGAUGCUCAGCUGGAUGGCCGGUGGUGGCAAGGCUCCCAAGAAAAAGAGCAAGAAAUGAUGAUCAUUGCAAAACGCGGAAGAUUUUGUUCCCGACACAUGCCACGGAGAAUAUUUUACUACGAAUCUGUGGCUUGGGGACCUUUUUUAUUAUUACUUACAUAUGAUACCUUUACGCGUCCAUUUGCUUUUCUGAUUUUCUCAGAUUCCCAACACAGGCAACCGUACGCACGCAAUGCAUCACACGAAUAUCAUGGCUCAUUUCAAGGUCUAUAACGCAUGUAUGCCGGAGUACGAGCUGCGGAGGGGUACAGCCCGGGGAAACGGGACAUGAACAUGGGCGGAAAACAUUUCAUCAAAGACCUUACAUGUUUUCUUUUGCUUUUUUUUUUUCUCUUCAGCUUUUCCCUCCUUCCCUUUUUCCACUUUCCAUUUUCCCAGCGGGGCAUUGCAUUUGAGGAGAAGGCUGGAGGCUACGACAUGAUUGAGGCGCAAAUAGCGGAGGAGUACGAGAUCCGUAACUUUCUGGUUAGAUGAUUUUGUCUUAUCCAUGCACAAUUGCUGUUGUAGGUGGCAUUGAUAGCCCCUAACCCCCUCCACUAAAGUUUUGCCACAAAAGAAACGCUCUUCCAAUGACCGCGUAGUCUUACUUGUUUAAUGUAUCAUGCUUCUUCAUUUUUCUGUA